UCCAAUCAGAGACCCCGCCGCCGUCGACUACCUCACCUGAGCAAAGAGACGCCGCCGUCGACUAACUCCCCGCCACGAACGCCCAUCGCCGCCGUCCACUACCUCUCCAUUAGCCACUGUCGAUUACCUCUUCGGCCGCCGCCCAAGAGGAAGGCACACCCCGCGGCGGCAAAACCCUAGCGACAGGAGCACUCAGCGGCGGGAGACAUGGCGGACGAUGGUUACAAUGAAGAUGAUGACAUGGGAUAUGAGGAUGAGCCUCCAGAACCUGAGAUUGAGGACGGGGUUGAAGAAGAUCUUGAGAACAAUGAGGAUGCCCCUGACGAUGUGGUAGGGGGUGAAGGUGAAGGAAAGGAACAGGAAAAGACUCAGGGUCCACGCCAUACAACAAAAUAUAUGACCAAGUAUGAGCGCGCACGCAUCCUCGGUACACGUGCUUUGCAGAUAAGCAUGAAUGCUCCAGUUAUGGUUGAGCUUGAGGGAGAAACUGAUCCUCUUGAGAUUGCCAUGAAAGAACUGAGAGCACGUAAGAUCCCCUUCACCAUUAGGCGGUACUUACCUGAUGGAAGUUACGAGGACUGGGGAGUCGAUGAGCUCAUUGUUGAGGACUCCUGGAAGCGUCAAGUUGGUGGGGGCUAAAGCUGGUAGACUGUUCAACAUGAAAGGCUCUGUGUGCUGCAUCUGAACUUAGCCCUCGUAGUAUCCUCUUGGUUAUAUGCAAGUCUAGCACUGAACUAGUAUGAACAAUGUUACUGUACCAUGCGUGUAAUCGAAUUGCAUAGUUGGGUCAGUUUGCUUGAACCAUUGCUGUCAUGCAGCCGCAAGUUGAACUGAAUUAUGUGAAUAUCCUUGGACUUUUAACA